AUGAAAUAUCAGGUCGAAACACAGGCCCUCCCUUACUCAACAAUCAUUCUUCACUGCUUGAAAUACCCAUCGAAGGGCGUUUUUGGUUUAUUGAUUGGAAACAAGAAGGGAGACAAAGUCACGGUAACUGGAUGUGUUCCUCUCAGCCACGAAUCAACUCCACUUGCCCCGCCUCUCGAACUGGCCACAGCUCUUGUUCAUGGGAAAUUCGGAGUCUCGCUGGUCGGUGUCUACUUCUCAAACUCAAACCCAUCAGAUGCUUCUCUCAACAUGUAUGCCACUCGACUAGCUGAUCGAAUUACUUCUGUCACUUCAUCACCUGCCAUUCUCGUGCAAGUAAUGAAUGAGAGACUGGUUUCUGAUUGUGACCAAGAUCGCCUAGUAGCCUAUGAAAAAGAUGGAGACAGCUGGAAAGAGACGAAAACAAUCUUCCAAGGCUCAAACUUCCUUCGAGGUCUUCAGGCUGUUAUCCAAAAGAAGUUGUACAGAGAACUCGCUGAUUUCGAAAACCAUCUAGACAACCCCGAGUUUGAUUUCUACAACACGAAUCUCAGAGUUGAUGAAUGGGCUGGCGUAGUCGUUGAUCUCCUCUUGCUUGAACCAGUGAGCGAUCUCGCGGUUAGCAGAGUCGACAGCGUCGGAUCCGUGGCAGAUGUUACGUCCAGUUUGGAUGGCGAAAUCUCCGCGGAUGGUUCCUGGAGCGGAAGCAAGUGGGUUGGUGGCUCCAAGCAUGACACGUCCUUGCUUGACAACAUCGAGUCCUUGCCAGACCAUGGCGACGAUUGGUCCAGAGCUCAUGUACUCAAUGAGAGAUGGGAAGAAUGGCUUGUCCUUAAGGUCCUGGUAGUGAACCUGAAAAAUCAAUAG